AUGAGUGAUGUAGUGGCAGCUAAUUCCAGUAAAUGUCUUAAGGAUCAGAAGAUGUUGCUGCUGCGGCUGAGAAAUAACCUCACUUAUGAUUCUGAAAUAUCCACCAAGUUAGUGAAGUGGAACCACAGGAUUGACUGCUGUCAAUGGGAGGGUGUCACUUGCAACAGUGAAGGCCAAGUUAUUGGUCUUGACCUCAGUGCUGAAUCAUUCUCGGGCAGUAUCACUCCGUUAGCUGAUCUUAAAUUUCUCUCUAUUGUCCGUCUUGAUGGGAAUGAUCUAUCUGCCCCAAUUCCAGAGUUCUUUGCGGAACUCACUAAUUUAACUGUCUUCAGUCUAAGUUCCUGCAACUUGAUAGGAGAAGUACCUCAGAAGAUAUUUCAGGUACCAACUCUGCAAACAAUUGACUUAUCAGAAAAUGAGAUGCUUGGGGGUUCUUUACCUGAAUUUCCUUCAAAAGGAUCUCUCCAAAACAUGGUGCUUAGUGAUACCAAAUAUUCAGGAAGUUUACCCGAGUCCAUAGGGAACCUUAGGAAGUUGUCGCGUAUUGAACUUAGAGCUUGUAAUUUUACAGGUCCAAUUCCAUCUUCUAUGGAAAAUCUAACCCAGCUUGUUCUUCUGGAUUUCGAGUUGAAUAGCUUCACGGGUUCAUUUCCAUCUUUUAAGCUGUCGAAAAAUCUCACUCGUAUAUACUCUGCUAGAAAUAGAUUGACAGGUAUAUCAUCCGACUGGCAAGGCUUUGAGAAUCUUGAGUAUCUUGACUUGAGUAGCAAUUCGAUAUCUGGGCUCAUUCCAGAAUCAUUGUUUUACCUACCCUCACUUUCAGAUUUAAUUCUGUCAAGCAACAACUUUUCUGGCCAAAUAACUGAAUUACAAAAUGUGAUUUCUCCACUAACAACUCUGGAGUUGAGUUCCAACAAUUUGGAAGGGCUAAUACCUGAGUUUAUUUUUGAGCUACAUGAUCUUUAUGGUCUUUCACUUUCAUUCAACAAAUUUAAUGGUACUGUGCAGUUGGAGAAGUUCACAAAGAUCAAUAAACUUGUAGAUCUUGAUCUGUCCCACAACAGUUUAUCAGUUGACACAAAUAUAAGUGAAUCGGACCUUGCCUUGCUACCCCAGCUGAAUAGUUUCAUGUUAGCGUCAUGCAAUCUGCAGAAUAUUUCCUUCCUCAAGAACCAAUCAAAGUUGUCAAUGUUAGAUCUCUCAAACAACCAGCUUACAGGUGAAAUACCAAACUGGUUGGUGGAAAUCAAUGAUGGACUUCUGCGUUUUCUGAAUCUUUCUUUCAAUCAAUUUAUGCGUCUUCAAGAACCAUAUACAAUCGGCUUUCUCAUGAAUUUCCUUGAUCUGCACUCAAAUCUGCUCACUGGGGUUAUUCCAUUACCACCAAGUGCAGCUGCUUAUAUUGACUUCUCAGACAAUAACUUUUCUACUUUUCCACCUGACUUUGGCAAUUAUCUAGUAACUGCUCGUUUCCUCUCAAUUGCAAACAACAAAGUUAUCAGUAGUAUUCCUUCUUCGAUAUGCAACUCCAGCUAUCUUGAAGUACUUGAUUUGUCAAACAACAGUUUGAAUGGCAUAAUACCAUCAUGUUUAGCAGAAAAGAGCAGCACAUUGAAAGUACUGAACCUGGGAAAGAACAAUCUCAUAGGAAAUAUACCUGAAAAAGUUUUCUUGUAA